AUGGACGCCUCAGGCUCUCUUGUCACAGUCCUACUGCUAUUCAUCCUCUACAAGCUUGUCAAGUUGGCGUACUACAUCGGCCAAGCCAGGAAGACGGGUUUGCCGUAUACCAUCGUGCCUCUACUCGAGACUGAGUUCCUCGCAAAGCUGUUGACUCCACUCAUCCGCCCCUUAUUCACACAAAGACUUUCGAGAGGCGAGGGCUGGCCGCGCUGGAUUCGCUUUUCCGUCCUCGACUGGGCUUGGGAAGAGAAACGCAGGGUUCACGAGGAGCUUGGAGAUGUUUUCAUUGUCGUAUCGCCGGAGGGCCUCGUCUGCUAUAGCGCCGACGCCGAUAUGAGCUGGGAUGUUAUGAAUAGACGAAACGAGUUCCUAAAGCCAAGAGACAAAUAUAAGGUGCUCGAGCCAUAUGGACCGAAUGUUGCAACUACAGAGGGCAAAGCGUACAAUUUCCACGUCCGCAUUACUGCACCUCCCUUCAACGAUGGCAGCGGAGCCAAUGAUCUAGUCUGGAAUGAAGCUUCCGACCAAGCACGCGCGCUCACAGAGUCCUGGUCUCAGGAAAACACGACCCGUGACCUUUCACUUGAUAUCAAUCGAUUGACUCUGGCCGUCAUUGCCUACACGGGCUUCGGCAAAAGACUAGACUUCAAAGCCGAAGUUUCCGAUCUUCGAAGCCAAAUUCCUCAAGGACACACCAUGAGCCUGCAUCACGCUCUGCACCUAGUCACGACGUUCAUGGUCAAGAUUCUUCUCAUUCCCAAAUGGAUCAUGAACUUGACUGGCAUGAGGGAGAUCGCGGCGGCACACGGCGAGCUCGAGAAGUACAUGCGCGAGAUGAUCCGGACGGAGACUGCCAACCUGAGCAAAGACAGCGAGUACGAAUCUGCCGACGCCAGGGGGAACCUCCUCACAUCCGUCCUGCGCGCUUCAGCCUUCGAGGCUAAGGCUGCCGGCCGCAAGCAAGCUUUCAGCGAAGACGAGGUGCUCGGCAAUCUGUUCUUGUACCUGCUCGCGGGCUAUGAGACUACCGCGAACGCCAUGUCCUACGGCUUCAUCACCUUGGCUCUCAGGCAGGAUCUGCAGGACAGGAUUAUUGAAGAGGUCGAUGGGGUCUAUGCCGCGGCAGCUGCCGAAGGACGCACCUCGCUCAAUUACACGGACGACUUCGAGAAGUUCCAGUACACGUACGGCUUCAUGUACGAAGUAUUCCGUUUGUACCCGGGCGUUUGCAUUAUCACGAAGAUGAUCCCCAAGGAGACCACCAUCACCGUCUACCCGGAGAAGAAGCCCCCCCGACAGCAUGUGCUGCCGGCCGAGUGCCGGGUGUACCUCAACGUCAACGCGGUCCACUACCACGAGCGGUACUGGCCGGAUCCGUGGACUCUCAAGCCCGAGAGAUGGAUGGGCAUCAUCGGGGCAGCUCCCAACGAGCGCACCGACAAGAAGGUCGUCGCGUCGGACCGCUCGAGGCAGGUCAGAGGAACGCUGAUGACCUUUUCCGGUGGCGCCCGCGCCUGCCUCGGGAGGAAGUUCACGCAGUCGGAGUACAUCAGCGUUCUGGCGACGGUCCUGAGAGAGUACCGGAUCGUUCUCGGCGAGGGUAUGGAUCCCCAAGUGGUGAAGCGGGAGAUUGAUCACCUGGCAGCGGGCACGGUCACGUUGGCGCCGCUGAAGUACGUGAAGCUGGCGCUGAAGAAGCGAACGGACGUCAAGACUGGCUAG